AUGAAGAUCUUGUGCCCAAUGUUAGCCCAUUGUCUACUUUUUUCGCUAGUGCUGUUUAUAAGUUUGAAGGAUGUAGAGGCGUUGAUACCAAUGAGUGGGGGUGGAGUAAACGGGAAAGUCAGAAAAACACAGGUAAGGGUCAAGAUUACUCCUGAAAAGCAUAACGUUGAAAUCUCGCUAGAUAAGAACGGAUCAUCUAACUUCACUCCUUAGAUGACCUAAUGGCACUUAAUUUCGCGGGUACUUAAUUUAGCGAUGUUGGCGAGUUUAUGGCGAGACGUAGACCCGGCAGUACUUAGCAGUACAGAAGGGACUAAUAAAUUUCGGGAAUCAAGCGUUCUCAACUUAAUUUUAUUUUUAAAAAGGUCUGAACGUUUUAAAACUCUUUUUAAGAUUCCAGCUCUACUCCAUAUGUGAAAUCUUUGCAAAUUUCAGAACAAAAAAAAACAAAAUAGAACUUAACAGUAAACAAGUCAAUAAUUUUUGCAUUAGUUUGUUGAUACAAAUCCUGUAUAUGUUGUUGUUGUUACAUGAUAAUCAUUUUUUAUAUGUGAUAUGAAUUUUUUAUAUGGGUGUUUAAAGUUCGCUAGGAUUUUUAUUCGCGGGUCUUUUAAUUAAUUUUGCAACAUUUUUUACAAUCGAAAAAAACGCGAAAUUAAGUACCAUUAUAAGGAUACUUAACUAUCGAAACCUAACCUAUUCAUCAAUAUCAGUUUACAAGGCGUAAUCUCUUCUCUCAUUUUCUUUUGUUAUUUUACUUUUUCAGGCUCUCGAUAACCACUACCGAAGAAGCAUUUGUCAGGCUGCACGUUCUCUUAACUGCAAAGAUGACUCAGAGAGUGAGCCGGGCAUGCGCCCUUUCAAGUCGUUUUGA